AUGACAAUCAGUCGAAAUAUGAGUGUCAAAGGUGACAGUGUAGUCGAAGAUCAAAUAACGAACUUAAUUUGUUAUAUCAAUUCUUGCAAAAUGGAUGAGGGAAGGAAACAGCAGCCAGAACAGCACCAACAGUUACUAAGAAAACCACGACAACAACCACUCCAACAACAACAACAGCAACCACAACCAAUACAGCAUCAACAGCAGCAGCCGAAAAAUCCCAACAAAGGCAAGAUUCAAUAUUCCAACCAACAAAGGUAUGAUGUUACAUUCCAGCCAACAGAGACAAGAUGCAAUAAUCCAACCAACAAAGGUAAAAUGUUACAUUCCAGCCAACAAAGGCAAGAUCUCAUACUCCAACCAACAAAGCCAACAAAGGCAAGAUGCAAUAAUCCAACCAACAAAGGUAAGUUGUUACAUUCCAGCCAACAAAGGCAAGAUGCAAAUAAUCCAACCAACAAAGGUAAAAUGUUACACUCCAGCCAACAAAGGCAAGAUGCAAUAAUCCAACCAACAAAGCCAAUAGAGGCAAGAUCUAAUACUCCAACCAACAAAGGUAAGUUGUUACAUUCCAGCCAACAGAGGCAAGAUGCAAAUAAUCCAACCAACAAAGGUAAAAUGUUACACUCCAGCCAACAAAGGCAAGAUGCAAUAAUCCAACCAACAAAGGUAAAAUGUUACAUUCCAGCCAACAAAGGCAAGAUUCAAUAA